CAUAAUAUGUUUCCGAUGAGUACUUGAACUUGUUUUUGCGUAGAGUACAAAGUGCAAGCCAAACAAAUUCGGUAUAUAGGCAAAAGUUAUAAACCAAUACAGUGCCAGUGUUUGGGUAACAAGUGGAAAAAAACAGUCUAACGUUCCAGUGUAUCGAAUGGAGUUUUAGCUGAAUUGUCGGUGUUGUCUCGCGUCUCUACAAAUUUUAACCUACUUAAUUGCCACUUUUGGUGACACAACUUUAAAACCCUACUGAUUUGAAUGUGUAUAAAAGAAACGAAGUGUUUGCACUAGUUUACCAGUUGAAGCGCAACCAUUGACGAAGCCAGUAUACAAUAAAAAUUUCUUUUCGCUUAAAUUAUUCUACUUUCGUGUUCAUUUAUCCCGUUAACGAUACAACUGUUUUAAAUUUAAUAAGCAACAUGCUUCGCAACGCUACAGCAAAUGUUUCUACAACCCUGUUGAGAAACCAAAACGGAUUCCUGUACCCAGUCAGAUUACUUUCAACGCAGCAGGAACGAAUCGUCUCGUUGGAAAAAGACUGGAAAAAUAAUCCAAGGUGGCAAGGGCUCACAAGGCCAUAUUCAGCCAAAGAUGUGGUUCGAUUGAGUGGCAGUGUGCCGAUUGAACAUACAAUUGCCAAGGAAGGUGCCAAAAAGUUCUGGAAAUUAAUCAACGAGCAGAAUUUUGUCGGUGCACUCGGUGCGGUCACCGGAAAUCAAGCUAUGCAACAAGUCAAGGCCGGCCUCAAAGCAAUUUAUAUUAGCGGUUGGCAGACAGCGGCUGAUGCAAAUGUUGCGGGUGAAAUGUAUCCGGAUCAGUCACUGUAUCCGGCUAAUUCGGUGCCGGCGCUUGUGCGAAAUGUGAACAAAACGUUGCAGCGAGCCGAUCAGAUUUAUCAUGCUGAAGGUGAUCUGUGCGUGGACGAUUGGUUUGUACCGUUAGUUGCGGAUGCUGAAGCUGGUUUCGGCGGCGUUUUGAAUGCGUUCGAAAUUAUGAAGGCGAUGAUCGAUGCCGGUGCAUCUGCUGUUCAUUUCGAGGAUCAAUUGGCAUCGGUAAAGAAAUGCGGCCACAUGGGCGGGAAAGUAUUGGUUCCAACGAGAGAAGCUGUAGACAAGCUUGUGGCUGCUAGAUUAGCUGCUGAUGUGAUGGGUGUACCAAGCGUUAUUAUUGCAAGAACUGAUGCCCAAGCUGCUAAUUUAUUGACCUCCGAUGUUGAUGAUAAUGAUAAAAAAUUCUGCACUGGAGAAAAGACACAUGAAGGCUUCUACAGAACGAUUCCCGGUCUUAAUCAAUGUAUAUCUAGAGGGCUUGCCUAUGCACAAUACGCUGAUAUGUUAUGGAUGGAAACCAGUACGCCGUCACUGGAUCUGGCAUACGAUUUUGCCAAAGCAAUUCAUGCAAAGUAUCCGGGAAAACUUCUUGCCUACAACUGCAGUCCAUCGUUCAACUGGAAAGCUAACUUAUCCGACAAGGAAAUCGCAACAUUCCAACGGGAAAUCGGAAAAAUGGGAUACAAAUUCCAAUUCAUAACCCUGGCCGGAUUCCACAGUCUCAACCAUGGCAUGUUCGAUUUGGCUCGCAACUAUGGCAGUCGUGGCAUGAGCGCAUUUGUUGAUCUCCAGCAGAAGGAAUUCCGAGAUGCCGAUCUCGGAUUCAGCGCAUUCAAGCAUCAACGAGAAGUCGGUACGGGAUAUUUCGACACGGUAACCAACACCAUCGAAGGAGGAAUGAGUUCAACAACGGCCUUGACCGGAUCGACGGAAGAGGCACAAUUUUGUGGCACAGCGGGAGAAGAACAACAGUCGGCUAAGAAGGUUGUUUCGUAGAAAGAAUUUUGAUGUGAUUAUGAUGUGAGUUUUAUACAAAGUUUUAUUGUUUUUACUGUAAUUGAAAGAAAAUGUCGCAUUGUGCGUCCGUUUAAUACGGGACGCUUGUGACCAUUGAUGUGUAGUUUUAAGUUUUAAUGAUAAGUUAAAAAAAUUGAUUUUAUAAAAUAAUUUUCGUAGAAAUUUUGAUGAUGAACUUUGAACUGAUUUCAUUUUUCUUCUAUAAAUAAGCGCGCAUGUUAUAUUGUCUAUGCACACACUUUUCACUGGUUCAUGUCAAUAAAAUGUUUUCAUAAUUUCCAGAU